CCCAACCGCUCACCAUCAUCCACUCGACACCGGCUUCUCGCCACCCUCGCCCAUUCCAUUCACAUUCGCUACGCACUCCAACGCUAUCGUAUCCUCCCGAGACGCCGCGCGCCCUUCGCUCUACUCCCGCGCACGACCUGUUCGACCUUGCCAUGUCGCAUUAGCCGUACCCCUGAGAUGGCGACCAUGAGCGGUCCCUCGCGCCCCUCGCAGGCCCUGCGCCAGCGCCGCGAGUCCCAACGUCCCUCACAGCUGCGGAGCAGCACGCGCAUCGCGGCGAACGACAAUGGGGACGCCGAUGCCGCCACCAAGGUGCUGACCAUGCCCUACGUCUUGACCGAGGAAUACAUUCUCAAAAAGUUCAAGGGCAGCCCGCCCUCGCUCAUCAUCCACCUGCAUCAGCACCAUUUCCGCUUCGAGCACCAGGAUGGCAACUUUCCCUACAACUCGCCAAUGCGCCCGCUGUUGCAAAACAUCCGCGAGGGCACCGUGCCGCACUUUAUGUUGGAAGAGAUGCUGAGGGGUGGGGUCCAUUUCUAUGACGGUUGCCUGAUAGUCCAACUCGUCGAUCACCGCUCGGUGGAUGCCAAAGUCCAGACCACAGUUGCCGCUGCCAGCACAGCCAAGGGCAAGAAGGCUGCGCCCUUCUCCAUCCACAACUAUAACAAUUUCAUAACUCCCUCGCCCUUUGUCCCGUACCCGUCACCUCCCACCUCCGAGUCAGAAGAAUCGCCGCCUCCCAAGGCGCCUGCUCCGCCUGAAAACAAAGCAAACGCGGCUGCCGAAGAGGCCGCCAAGGCCAGCAAAACCCCAAAAAUAUCCACCAAGGUUCUCUUCCCGACGCAGCUCAGCUUGCAGACGGAAAUCGAGCUGCUCGCCACCACGCCCAUGCCCGACCCGUCGAUUCGGAGGCAACAGGUGCGUGCGGCGCAAACACCGCUGUCGGCUCACCCUGCGACACCUUUAACGCCGGUGCCUCCCACGCCAUCCUCGGCUCGUGGGCCUCUCGCAAAGCGGCAAAAGAUGAUCCUCGACGAGCACAGCACUCACACAUUCGAAGCCGAGGUCGUCAAUUCCACAGCCCCGGCCCUCUUCCUCGAGCCUGCAGUCGACAUGGCCGAGAGUCAAGACGUCAUCGAGGCAACCAGCCAUCCAAUGAACAAGAACCCUCCGCCAGCGCCAAAGACGCGCAAGCGCACCACGGCCGAGCUGGCUGCGGACGAGGCGCAAUUCGCGGCGGAUCAGGCCUACAUGCUGUUCAUGGACAAGCCGUCGACGAAUGCCAAUGGGCAGAGCGAGGGCGAAAGCCUCCGCAGCGGAGCCGCCUUCGAGCCCCGCUUCUCGCGCUUCAAGACGUUGGAGAACAUCAAGAUUGCGCACGAAGAAAACGAGCGGGUCAAGAAGGAAGAGGAAGCGCGCCAGGCGGCGGUGCGCAAGCAACAGCAAGAAAUGGAAAACAGCAGACGCAGAGAGGCCGAAAAUGCCCAGCAGCAGGCCGAGCAGGCUAGGCUCGUCGCCCAGCGCCAGCAGGCCAUGCACCAAGAGCGGAUGCGCCAGCAAGCGGCUGCCGCGGCUCAAAAUGCUGGCGGUGGCAUGAUUGGCACGCCGCAACACCCGCAGUUCUCGCAGCCCCCGCAAAACUCGCCCAUGCUGCGGCAGCCGACGCCCAUGCAGCAGGCGUCUCCUGUAAUGAACGCCAACGCCGUCGCGGCGCACGCUCUCGGGGGCGUCCCGAUGGUGCCAACGACAUCCAGCCAAGCGGGCAGCCCCCAGCGGCCGCCGUCGGCCGUGCCGCCGCCCAUGGCGAGGACCAUGUCCCGGCAGCAGAGCAGCCAGCACCCCGGCAGCGCACACGGCACGCCACAGAUGAUCCAGGGCACGCCGCAGAUGGGCCAGGCGGUGCCGGUAACGCGCCACAUGACGCCACAGCCGGGCCGGGUGAACCAGCACGGCAGCCCGGUGGGCGGCAUGCAACCCACGCCGAUGAUGAUGCACACACCGCAGAUGAUGCACACACCGCAGAUGAUGCACACACCGCAGAUGCCGCAGGGCAUGACGCGCGAGCAGAUGAUCCACAUGCAGCAGUUGCGUGCGCGACAGAUGCAGCAAGCGGGCAUGCAUGGGUCGCCGGCCAACCUGAAAAACAUGCCGCCCGAGCAGCUGCAGGCGUUACAGGCGCAGCGCAUGGCGCAGGCGCAGGCGCAGAUGGUGGCUGCGCAGCAGCAACAGCAACAGCAACAGCAACAACAACAACAGCAACAGCAGCAGCAACAACAGCAACAACAACAGCAGAACCACUCCAACAGCGGCACGCCCACAUCGGCGUACAACGCGCAGUUGGCGGUGCAAAUGCGCAACCAGAUGGCGUCGUCGGCGUCGCCGAACCCGCAGCAACAACAGCAGCAGCAGCCGGGUCAACAAGGCCAGGGCCAGCAAGGCCAGGGCCAAGGGCCACAGCAGCGCCCGCCCGGUGCAGGCGGCGUCCCGCCAAACCUCGAGCCGCACCAGGUGGCAGCGCUGCAGGCGCGCAAGCGGCAGCAGAUGAUGCUGCAGCGCAUCACGAUGCACUUUGCAGGGCAGGUGCCACCGCAGCUGCAGAGCAUGAUCCGCCAGGGGCAGCUGUUACAGGUGUUCCACAUGGUGCAGCAGCAGCAGCAGGGUGGCGGCAUGGGCGGCAUGGGCGGCAUGGGUGGUGCAGGCAUGGGCCAGCUGAACAUGGGCGGCACCGCAACGACAGGCGGCGGGAUGGGCAUGGGCAUGGGCGGCGUGACAGCGGGGACGGGCGCGGGCGGAGGAGGAGGGGGAGCCGGCGCGGGCGCCACAGCCGGAGGAGGAGGCGGCGGCGCCAACAACAUGAGCAUGCAGCAGAUGCAGAUGAUGCGGCAGAUGCAAGCGCAAGCCCAGGCCGCUGCCCAAGCACAAGCAGCCGCGCAGGGAGGCGGCGGCGGCGGCGGCGGAGGCGGCCCCGGCGGCCCUGGCGGCGGCGAUCCCCAGGCCCAGCAGCAGUAUAUGGCGCAGUUGAUGCAGCAGCGGCAUCGCAUGAUGGCUGUCCAGCAGCAGCGCCAGCAGCAGGCUGCUGCUGCUCAGGCUCAAGCUCAAGCUCAAGCGCAGGCCCAAGCGCAGGCCCAAGCGCAGGCUCAGGCCCAGGCCCAGGCGCAGAUGGGUAUGGGUAUGGGAGGGGGGAUGUGGAGGGGAGGUGGGUGAUUUGAUUGUUGGUCUGGAGUGAUUGAUGAGGAGGGGCGGGGUGGUGAUGGCGGAAAAGACCUAUUGCUGAUUUUUUAUUUUGGGUUUGGGUUUGGGUUUGGGUUUUGCAUGCAUGCAUGGUUUAUGGGGUUGGGAUGGAUGGGAUAGGUUUGGACAGGGGUGGGUUGUAUGAGUACGUACGUCCGUGAGGUACUUAUGAGUAUGGAUGGGUAUUGGUAGGAGGUGGUUCUGAGUGAUAAGAGACAGACGUAAUGACAGAACUGCAUGUUAAUAACCUACUCACCUCGGCUCCCACCAACACUCACGCCCAGAGACACAACACCCUCAGGCAACCAGGCCCAUA